CCGCCAUAUUGGGUGUGGCAGGGUGGUGGUAGAUAUUUCAUCAUCAAAAAUCCACACACGGUACAAAAGCGUUCCUAGAAAGAAGCUUCUGUCUCGAUUCGUCUGACCUGAUCAGUUCAAUGAUGAAGUCUUUCCUGGGUUUCUUGGCCAUUGCCGCUAUUUUCUACACCACAGAGGCUCUGCUUUUCGAGUCCUUCUGCUCUACCGAUGCGGACUGUGAACCUAACGAAUGUUGUGAGCGGAGCAUCGUUCUGAACAGCUGCAAGCCCAGGCCCGGCUUGUACGAGUACUGUAACAUCGGCAGCCUGACUCUGACCGGACUGUGCUCCUGUGACGAAGGUCUGGAGUGUGUGGACUACAACCAGAACUUCGUCUUCGACGUGUUCACCGGGGACAGCUGGUGCGUGCCCAUCCCAGACGUGGUCGGAUCGGGCGGAGGAUUUCAGUAGGCCGCCCCCCUCCCCACCGCCGCCUAUCACCGUGGCCUGUUGACGGCAUAUUCUGGUCACAGAUUUGCAAAAUCCAACUGUUGAUUGAUCAAAUAAAAUGUGAACUGAUCUGAAAAA